GUCAGCCAAGUUGGGGCGGGAAGGGGGGGAAAGGGGACCCUACAGCCACCUCUGAGACCGUGAAGAGGAGGAGCAGGGCAGGCCAAGGGCAAUGACGGCGGCGAGCAGGGAGGGAGGGCCAGGUUGGCAAGCCCACGCAUGGCAUGAUCACGGAUCAAAGACACGCUCACCGAGUGCACCCUUUCGCUCCUGAACAGUACACCAAGUUUUUGCGCACACCAUUCUCGGUCAUUCUUUGGCGUUUUGGCAUAGUCCUAUCGACAAGUCCGUACGGUGGGCCAAGCUAGGUCGAGCCUGGUACACCAAGCCAGUACGAGCAAGAGCAUGCUUGCUCCCUAUCGAGGAUUGCUAGAGGGGGGCAUGGACGCGGGUGGUACGGGGAGCGGAUGCAUUUUCUCUCUUCGAGGCCAUCAGAACGUCAAGUACUUCAACUGCCGCCAGGGCCACGCGCCCGCCUCGCCCCGCCUCGCCCGGCCCGCUGCAGGCUCACCCUGCCGCCCACACCGCCAAUGCCUCCUCCAGCUUGCAGGCUCCACCAGUACCAUGCAUGCUCUGUCUCAUGAGUCACUGGAGGACGAAUCAGUAGAGAUCAGUGCCAACGUCGAAUCAGUGCGCGAAAGGCUCGUGGUCGCUUUACACGCCUUCUGGCAGGCAAUGGAGAAAGCACGCUGCUUCCUGCUGCCCGCGCUCGCGGCUGAGGGGAAGUGCCCGCCUGCCCCCUCCUCCCUCGUGCUGCUCUGCCCCACCUGGCCUGGGCUGUGCUCGCGCACUGCGAGGAGUACAUUCGUACAGUGCGCUGUUUCACCCUGGAAUGGGCUGUGCCCAGGCCUGCUAGCGCAAAGAUUACCAGAUCUUCAUCCCAAGGAGCGGAAGGAUCGGGCGUGUCCGAGAGGGACCCUCCUUCCUGCUGCUGGUACGAAAAAGAGCGAAUGGCACACUGGAGUCCGGGACAGAGCCAUUAUCUGCUAGGUGGAUGGCGAGGGUGGCCAUGACGUACGUCUGGGCGCUAUGGCACUAGGGAAGAUUCUAGGACAAUGCUCACACCUGCUGGCUGGGCAGUCGAGUACGCUGUGCUACUCCUCGAGCUCUCGUCUUCCUACGACAGGAUGCUCCUGGGUAGGUGUAGCCUGUGCGAGAAGCCGUAGUCUGGCACGAGGCGGAGGGCGCUGUUUUAUUUGGGUAGAGGUUAUCGUGGAUGGGUGGAUAGCGAGGACGAUCACACCAUACGGAUGGCCCUCGUAGCAAUGUC